AUGUUACGACCGUAAACAAACUAAUAAGAAAAAAACAUAUUCAAUUUAAAUAGUGUUUAUUUAUAAUAAAUUGUUAGUUAAGGUUGGAAAAGAUAUGAAACAGAUUUUGAAGAAAUAGAAACUUUACUCAAAGGUCCUUAUUAUUAGGUUGUGAAAGUGAUUAAUAAAAUUGACUAAUAGAUCUAUGCUAUAAAAUAGAUUCAAAUUUGUUUAAAAAAGCAAUAACAAAUGGAAAUUAACAUUCAAAGAGUCUUGAAGGAAGUUAGAUAUUUGGCUCAAUUGAAUCAUCCAAACAUUAUGAGGUAUUAUAACUCAUGGGUUUAAAUGAAUGAAGACGAAUAAGAGUUACAAUAGACAAUUACAAACAAUUCAAUAAAGAUGAUUGAUCUCUUAAGUCCUUUGAAAUCGCCAACUUAUAAGAGAGGGUUGUACGAUGAUCAAUUUAUAUUUCCAAAAUAAAUUGACAAUAAGUCAAGCAAAGAGAGGAUCAGCUAUUCCGAAGUAGAAUCAAGUGAUUCUGAUUCUAAUGAGACACAAAGUGAUAGAUUUUUUAGUGAACAGAAAUAAAAAAAUAAGAGUUUGAAGAUUAGUACUUAACUGAUAAGUAAAUCCUGUGGUUAGAAAUAAUUACAUGUGGAUAAAUUUACUAUAUUUAUACAAACAGAAUUCUGUGAUCAAUCUUUAUGUAAUUAUUUAAAAGUAAGAAACACGCACCUAUAACAGAAUGCAGAAUAAUAGGAAUACUAGUUAGAAUAAUCAUAUGAAAAUGCAUUAAUAAUCUCAUUAAACUUGAUAUCUGCUCUUGAGUAUAUUCAUUAACAAUGUAAAUUAGUUCAUCGAGAUUUGAGACCAGACAAUAUCUUUAUCAAUAAUGAAAAUGAUGUAAGAAUAGGGGAUUUUGGAUUAAUGAAAAAAAUUAAGUAAUUGUUGGUCCAAAAAUAAUCCUCUAAAUAACAGUAUGGUUUUAUUGAGGAGAACACUCAAAUUAAUAAAUCUGAUGAUUUAAAAAUAUAUGUUGCUCCAGAACUAUUGGGAGAAAACAUAAACAAGUAAUAUGACAAUAGAAUCGACAUAUAUUCUUUUGGUUUGAUUCUAUUGUUACUCUUUUAUCCUACCUUCUCUUAAGAAAGUCAAAUGCAAUUAUUAUUGGAUGCAAAGGAUUCACAAACUCUCCCAUUUAAAUUCAUACAAAAAAACCCUAUAGUGAGUGAUAUAGUGUUGAAAUGUUUGGAUAAAGAUCCCAAUCGAAGAUACAGUUUAGAGUAUAUAAAAAGGAAAUUGCAGGAAGUUCAUUAUCAAUUUGAGAGGUAACAAAGAAUGAAUUGCAUAGAAUUGGGAAUUUAUAAAAUCAAAUUUGAAGAUGAAGAGAUAGAAUAAUCUAAAUAUUUGAAAUUGAUAGAUGGUUAAUUAUAUUUGUUUAAAUCUAAAGUUCAUAAGAAGGCUUAGGCAAUUUAUAAUGUGAUCGAGUGUUAGAUCAGAAUGGUUGAGAAUACUAUAGUGGUUUGUCAUGAACAAUUGACUACAAUUAGCAUAGUUCUUAAGGAUGAGGAGGAAACAGAAUCAUUGAAAUAAAAAUUAUUAUUAUUAAAAUGAAUAUGCUAUUAAUUCGUUUUUAA